AUGUCUGAAUCUGGAACCUGCACCUCUAUCAUCAACCUGCGCUACCAGGAUGGCAGUGAGGGAAGCUCUUCCAACCCUGCCAAGUUCAAAAACCAGGACUAUGCGCAGCUGAAAGAUAACUGCCUCCGCAGAAGACGACAGUUUGUGGACAACACCUUCCCACCUAACAAUCGUUCUCUGGGUGACCUGCCUAGUUUGACCAGUUGGCAGGAGGAUGACGUGGAGUGGCUUCGACCAGCAGACAUCCUUAAAGCGCAAAACAUCAGUGAUGAGCCCACUUUCUGCGUGAAAGGAGCUUCAAGGUUCGACUUUGGUCAAGGCAGCGUGGGUAACUGCUGGUUUCUGGCUGCAAUUUCCUCACUGACUUUCCAAAAGCGCCUGAUGGCCCAAGUCGUGCCUAUGGACCAGUCCUUCAGCAACUAUGCAGGAAUCUUUCACUUCAGGUUCUGGAGGUUCGGCAAGUGGGUGGAUGUUGUCAUUGACGACUAUCUGCCGACAUACAACAAGCAGCUGCUGUCUGUGCACUGCAAAGGUGGAAACGAGUUCUGGGUUCCUCUGCUGGAGAAAGCCUACGCCAAAGUGUGCGGCACCUAUGCUGACAUGACUGCCGGGCUGCCAUCAGAGGCCUGCAAGGAUUUCUCUGGAGGUGUGAGCAUGACUUACAAACUCAGAGAGGAACACACCUCAGGCCAUGAUGACCAGCUGUGGCUUCAGCUAGGCAGAGCCACCGGCUGCAAGUCCAUGGUUUGCUGCGGGACUCCCCCAAAAGGAAAUUCGAACGCCAACACCAUUGGACACACUGGAUUGGUGGAUUCCCAUGCCUACUCUGUCACAGGAGUCACUGAGGUGAAGUACUACGGCUCCACGGUGAGGCUGGUGCGAGUCAUGAACCCCUGGGGCAAGCAAGAGUGGCAAGGAGACUGGAGUGACAAGUCAGAUUUGUGGGACAGAGUGAGGCCAGAAGAUCGCGAGAAGUGCGCCGAACGUGAGGAUGGAGAGUUCUGGAUGAAGUUGGAGGACUUCUGCUACUAUUUCACUAUGGCAUCCAUCAGCUGUGAGAAUCCCAACUUCCUCGACGGUGACCUUGACGUCCAGUGGCAGUGCAUGAUUUAUGAUGGCAGCUGGGUGGCAGGGAGAUCCGCAGGUGGCAACGUGAACAACUCCACCUUUUCAUCAAACCCUCAGUACCGAAUCGAGGUGUCCAUUAUUGACAAGCAGGAGAAAGCAGACAAAAACAUCUUGCUUUCUCUGAUGCAGAAACCUCAGCAGGAGUAUCGCAAAAAGAUCAGAUACUACCCAGUUGGACUCACCCUCUACAAGAUUCCAGCAGGGACCCCAGCCGGACGUCUUAGAUCCUCCUUCUUUAGAAGGAACAGGCCUAUUAAGAGAUCCCAGAGUUACAGCUCUGGAAGGGAGCUGAUUGAGCUCCACAGUCUGGAGCCUGGAGAGUACGUGAUCAUCCCCUCCACCAUGAAGGCCUACAUGACUGCAGAUUUUGUUCUCAGCGUCUACACCAAGUCUGAUGCCAAGAUCACUCCCCACGAUGAAGAUGAUGAUGAGCACGACCACGACCACGACCACGACCACGACCAUGACCAUGACCAUGACGACAACAAAGAGGAAGAUAAUCGUAUUCUUCCUGAGAUCCCUGACAAGCCCAAAGAGGAAGAAGAGAACACUGACGAUGAUCCCAGCCGUGCCAUGUUCAGACGCUAUGCUGAUCAGUACGGUCAGCUGAGUGCCAGACAGCUCCGGAAGCUCCUGAAUGACCGCUUCCCUCACGGGACUCGGUAUGGCUUCAGUUUGGACGGCUGCAGGAGCAUGAUCGCCUCAGUGGAUCUUGACCAACGCAUGGGGAUGUCCUUCACUGAGUUUUCAAUUCUCUGGAAGAAGAUCAACGAAUUCAAGAAAACCUUCAAUCGCUAUGAUACAAAUGGCAACGGAUCCCUGACUGAAGCUGAGCUCCAGAGGGCCAUUGAGGGCUCAGGAAUAACACUGGACAUGGUCCUGAUCAAGCUGCUGGUCUUCCGCUUCUCAGACUUGUCAUCCACCUCCUUGGAGAACUUCAUUUCUCUCAUGUUCCGUCUGGAGAAGAUGUCAAACGCCUUCAAGGACAGAUCAUCUGAUGGAGUGAUCCGCCUGAGAUGGGAUGAGUGGAGCAACAUCUCCAUGUACAACUAA